UUUCAGAUGUCUACACUGGCGCUGUUGGUUGAGGGCAGUGCUUGCGCGUGGGGCAGAUUGGCUGUGCAACAUGGCAGUGAAACCAUAAACGACAUCAUUAGAGCUUUGAUAUCGUUCGCGAACUCUCACUUAUCCAUAUCCGCAUCCAAUCAACUGCUGCUGUUUGCUUUCGCAAACAAGAUCAAACGAAAGCUGCUUUACAAUUCCCAGCGUGGAACUGCCGUUGAUGCUUCGGUGGCGAUGUUGAAUGCGUUGCGCGACACCCUUCGAGAAAGUGCCAAUUCUGAUGAUAACCGCAUGGGAAGCCCUUUGGCAGCUGUGCUGUCACAUGCUAUAUGUCAUCUGAAACGGACAGAUGGUGCGAACAAUGUUAAUAAGGAUUCUGCAUCGACAAGUACCUCUUUCGGUCGAAUCGUUAUAGUUGCCAUGACUGUGGAUUUCGGCACCGAACAUGGUCCGUUGAUGAAUUUGUUCUUCUCUGCUGCCAAACAUGGAGUGUGUGUCGACGUUGUUUCACUUGUUGAAGCCAGUCCCCUUCUUCAGCAAGCCGCUGACAUAACGGGAGGCAUCUUUUUACAAGUGGAGCAGCCUAGCAAGCUGCUCAGUAGCAUGAUGACACACCUUCUUGGCGAUCCUUCGUCCCGAUCUCUCUUUCCACAGCCUACGCUGAAGGAGGUCGAUUAUCGUGCCUCAUGCGCAUGUCACCAUGAACUAGUUUCUUCGGGUUGGGUGUGUUCCGUGUGUCUCUCUGUGUUGUGCCAAUUCAUGCCGAUUUGCAAAGCGUGCGGAGCCAUCUUCAAAGUGAACCCAGUGCUGCCAAGGAAACAUUUGAAACGAAAGCGCAAAGAAUAAGUUGUACAUAUGCUUGUUUUUCGUUGUUGACAUCAAUAUGGGUAUAAUAAAUUGUUUCAUUACCU